CUCUACAUGCUAUAAUGUCAUUUAUUCAUUAGGUUUUUUUGAAGGUUAUUAUAAGUAAACUAGUCAUGCCCCAUCUAUUUGUGAAAACAAAUGUUGCAAAAGACAAGUUGCCAAAGAGCAUACUGCAGGAUUUGACUAAGUUGGUCUCUUCAACAAUUCCAAACAAGCCUGAGAAAUAUGUCUGUGUGACUGUGGUUCCUGAUGUAUGGAUGUCGUUUGGUGGGACUGAGGAGCCCUGUGCUGCUGCAGUGCUUACUUCUAUCAGUGAUUUCAAUGCAGAAACAUGCACUACAUAUGCUGAAGCUAUGCUUGGUGAGAUAUACAAGUUACUGGGAGUUGCACAAGACAGAAUGUAUCUUGAAUUCCAUGAAGCAACGAGGGAAACCAUGGGGUAUAACGGCACAACUUUCCACCAACUCGCAGCCAAGAAAUAAAUGAAAAAUGCCUGUCAUUACUUACAUCAGCAGCAUACUUCAAUUUUUAUUGUUACCUCCAAUUUUCUGGUGCAUUUGAUAAAACAAAGUUCCCAUGUAUUUUUAAUCAUAUAGAAAAAAAAUAUUUUUUAACUGAAAAAAUUCAUCAAGUUAUUUUGAAUCCUGCUAUUGUUUGCAUUUUGGUUGGCUGCUUUUUAAAAAAAUCAUGUUAGUUUGAUUUAAUAAAAAAUACUGCAAGUGUAUUGUAAUUAUAUUAAAACAUUCCGGUUCAAUUUAUCAGUAGAAUUGCUUAAUUACAAAUAAAUAAAGAAAU